AUGGCUGACAAUGGCUUGCUAGUUGACGGUCUGGUAUGGUUACCAGACCCGCACCAGACAUUUGUGAAAGGACGUAUCAUCGAGACUAUAAAUGACGGAAAACAGGUCAAAGUGAAACCUGAAAACUCACAGGGAAACCUCGUCAUCUUGGACAUCGACAAGAUUGAGCGCUGCAAUCCUCCGCAGUUUGACAAGUGUCAGGAUAUGGCUUCAAUGACGUAUCUCAGCGAGCCUUCAGUUGUGAACAACCUUAUGUUACGCUACGAAGAAGACUCUAUCUACACCUGUUCCGGUUUGUUUCUGGUUGCAGUCAAUCCUUACAAGGAGCUCAAUAUCUACAAUAAAAGUUUUGUUAAUAUGUACAAGGAUUCCAGGUCGGACAAAAAUGGCUCAUCCGAGAAAGACCAGAAGCUGACCAGUUGCAAACCUCAUAUUUUCGCUAUCAGUGAAGAGGCCUUCCAAAACUUGAUCACUGACGGCAAGGAUCAGAGUAUUUUGGUCACUGGAGAAUCUGGAGCCGGAAAAACAGAAACUACAAAGAAAGUGAUCCAAUACCUGCUCGCCGUUGUUUCCACUGACAACAAUAGCUCUACACCCUCUAGUUUUGAAAGCCAAAUUUUGGAAGCCAACCCGAUACUUGAAAGCUUCGGUAAUGCUCAGACGGUGAAAAAUCUCAACUCAUCAAGAUUUGGUAAAUUCAUCAAGAUCCAUAUUCAACACUCUACAAGGCGAUUGGUCGGUGCGCAUAUUGACUGGUAUCUACUUGAAAAAUCACGGGUCGUUCUUCAAGACAAGAUAGAGAGAAAUUAUCAUGUAUUUUAUCAAUUCCUCAAAGGUGCAUCUGAGAGCGAACUCAAAAAGCUGAAAUUAAGUCGUUCAUUCCAGCAGUAUGGCUACCUCAAAGAUACCAAUCAUGCUGUCUCUGGGAUAAAUGACAAAGAGGACUACUUAAAACUUCAAAAAGCUUUGGAGGUGAUGAAAUUCAGCAAGGAAGAAAAGGGCCACAUCUUCAAAACCAUUGCCACCAUUUUGCAUCUAGGAAACCUCACAUUCAAGAACCGCGGUAAAGAUGACCGUCAGGCUCAUUUCAGCGAUGAUGCUCCUGUCAAUACAGUUUCUGAACUCCUGGGAGUGUCAGAAAAUGAGCUUAGAACCGCUUUGUUAACAUCCAAAGUUAAAGCUGGAAGAGAAUUCGUCACUCAGCAACGUACGGCUUCUCAAGCUAAAUUUACCAUUGAUGCACUUUCAAAGUCAUUAUAUGAACGUUUGUUCCGAUUUUUGGUGGAUAAGAUCAACGACAAUUUUAACCGUAACUCUUCGCUAUCAAUGGAAGCACAAAAUUUUGUGGGCAUUCUCGAUAUUGCAGGGUUCGAGAUCUUUGAAAGAAACUCCUUUGAGCAACUAUGCAUCAACUACACCAAUGAGAAGUUACAACAGUUCUUCAACCAUCAUAUGUUUGUCUUGGAGCAAAGCGAAUAUCUGCGGGAAGGUAUCAGUUGGAACUAUGUUGACUUUGGUCAGGAGCUCAAGCCCACAAUAGAGCUGAUUGAAGGAUCUUCCUCCAAUAAGAUUGGAAUAUUCUCGCUCUUGAAUGAGGAGUGUGUUGUUCCUAAGGGGUCAGAUACUUCUUUCCUUGAAAAACUGCACCGAGAACUCGAGUCAAAAACGAACCAAAAGAAUUCUAGGUACAAGCCAAGCAAGCUUAGAGACGCAUUCCUUGUUCAGCACUACGCUGGCACAGUUGAGUAUUCUGUGGAUGGCUGGCUCGACAAGAACAAAGACCCACUUAGUAAUGCUCUGGUUGAAAUUCUGUCAGAAUCCAAAGAUAAGUUUGUUAGAGCCUUGUUUGAUUCCUCUAUUGAAACCAACCUCACAAUCUCUCCGGUCAAAGGAGGUCAAAGAAGAGGCGACAGAUUCAGAACUGUCGCCCAAAGGCAUAAGGAACAACUCAACGACUUGAUGAAGCAACUGUCUGCCACUCAUCCUCAUUUUGUGAGAUGUAUUUUGCCCAACACAAACAAAAUGCCAGGACAGUUUGAUAAAAAGCUUGUUCUCGAGCAACUUAGAUGCAAUGGUGUUUUGGAAGGCAUUCGUAUAGCCAGAUCUGGAUAUCCCAAUAGGAUCGAAUUUGACCAAUUUGCUGAAACUUACUGGCUUUUGGCCAAAAAUACAGCAUCUUCUAGAAGCUUGAGAAGAAGAAGCAAAGAAAUUUGUGAAAUCAUUCUCAAAGAUUUGCAUCUGGAUCCUGAAGUUUACAAGAUUGGUACAACUAAGUUGUUUUUCCGUAAUGGAGUCCUCGCGAAGCUGGAGAAAGAAAAGACACGAAGAUUAUCAGCAAUGGUUUCUGAGUUUAAUGCCGUUGCUCGAGGUGUGAUACUGAGAGGAAGAACCAAAGCUCAGCUAGCAAAAAUGCAAGCCUCUCGUAUCAUAGCGAAAAAUUUCACCGUCUACAACAGUGUCUCCAACGAUCCAUGGUUUAGAAUUGUUUCUCAAGUAAAGCCUUUGCUUGCAAAUUCUGAUUCCUCUCAGUCCUUCUUCAAUCAAAAAAUAAAGACGCUGGAGAAAAAGAUCAAUGUUCUUAAAGUGGAAAAGGAAAUGGAGACACAAUCAAAGAAUAAACUCUCAGAAGAACUCGCGUCAUUAACAGGAGCAAUUGAAAUUGAUAGGAAAUUACUGGCAGACAAAACUAAAUAUUUGGAUACACUGCAGGUUAAUCAUGUCAAACUUGAAAACCAGUUGAAGGACAAACAGGUGGAAUUGCAGGAGCUUCAAGAUAACUAUAAAGCUUCCAAAACGGCAAUCGAGCAAGAAAAAAGGCACCUACUUGAGAAACUAAACACUCUGACAGAGGAGUUGGAAGCAAACAAUAAAGAUGCGAACUCUCUUCGGGAAGAAAUCAAGACCCUGAAGAACUCGUCUAUGGAGAAGGAUGAACGGAUUAAACAGCUUGAAGCAACUCUUGAGUCUGCAAAGGCAGAUAUGAGCAAGAAGCUCCAACAAAAGACCGAUGAAGUACUCGAAAGCCAACAACAGCGGAAAGACAUACUGAAUGAAUUUGAGGCUCUGCAGAAAACCCUUCGAGAACAUCAACAAGAACAGUUGAUCUUGAGUAGAACUAUACAAAACAAAGAAGACCAGACAGCAGAGAUAGGAAAAGCAAAAGAGAUGUAUCUCGAGCUUCAAAAUAAAUAUAAACAAUUGCAGCACGAAUACGGAGAGGCAAAAGCUCUGCUGGAGGCAAAGAUCACUGAUGAGAUCAAUUUUGACCGCGGCAAGCAAAAAUAUGAUAGAGAAAUCAAGGAUCUGAAACAGGCAUUGGAAGAAAUGAAGACAGAGGUGGAGGUCGGGAAAAGAGAUUCGACAAGGUUGUCUCAGGAGCUCAAAAAUGCCAAAUCCGAAAUCAAUCAUCUAAACAAGAUCAAGAGAGGUUUAGAUGUUAAACUUGCAGAAUAUCAGUUGAAGUCAUCCAAAAGGCCUGAAAUGCAAGACACUGCAGAUAUCGAGCUUCUGCAAACUAGACUUGCAUCUGAAGCAUAUGAAAACAGACAGCUAAGAGCUCAACUCAAAAAGCUAGCCUCUGGGAAAGAUAUAAUACCUGGCGAUUUAUCUGACGAGCUUUCAGCUGAACGAGCUGCUAACAGGCGCCUCGAAAAAUUGAACAUUGACUUGCAAAAAGAGCUUCUUCAUUACAAGAAUAAUUCCCGUGAGUCGAGAGGAUUAGAACGGUUGGAGGAGGAUUACAAGUCGAAAUACCAACUUGCAGAAAUAAAAUUGCAGUCCAUGGAAGACAAACUCAAGAUUUCAUUAUCAAGCCCAUUGAAAGAUCGCACCCGUGAGUUUGGUAACCAGACUAAUAUUGAGUCUCCCGAGAAGAAUCCUCUUAUUGUUAAACAAGAAAACUUGAGGUUGAGUUCAAUGCUGAACGAGUCUCAAACGAAACUGAGAAGACUGCAAAUGAGCAAUGCUGCGAACUUUGCACAACAGGAGCAAUCCAUCCAACUGAACUCGAAGCUGCAAAUUUUGACAAACAAGAACCAGUCUUUACAAGAAUCUCUGGAUUUCUAUAAGGCUAGGGCCGAAAACUACUAUAGUAAGAUUGAGGCAGCCGAGGUUGCUGUUCAAACCGCCAAACGCGCCGAGGAAAAUUUAAGAAAUGAAUUGAACCAAACGAAGCAAAGGCUAACUAAGGCACAACAGGAAUACCGCAAUUCAGAUCUUACGGUGGCUAAGCUCAACACUCAAAUCAGAGAUCUUGAAAGGGAUCUGUCAGACAAGGUGUUUGAGCUAAGAAAGUUGCAAGAAGCGUACAAUGCUCUUAAAGACAAGUAUGAGAAUGCGGAGGAGCUUAGAUUGUCCUCAUCGUCCAAUCAAGCGGAUUCAAAAGACCGAGAAAUUAAAUUGUUAAACAACGACUUACUACAGCUUAUGGACAAAGAGACUGAACUGAACAAACAGAUUAAGAAUGUCACAAUGCAGCUUGAAAGUUCAAAGAAAGAAGUUCGUACCAUCAAGUUCAGCAACAGCGAGUUGUUAAAAGAAAAUGAACAAUUUAAGAGAGCACUCACUGAGACGAUGUACAAAAAUGACAAGCUCACAACAGAGAGACAAGAGCACUUAAUGCGACUGGAAACUCUUACAUCACAAGUAAAGGCCCUCAAAACUUCGAACGAGGAUCUUUUGCAGGAGAGAGAUAGCCUGCUGGAGUCAAAGCGUGAGUUGGAGGCGAAAGUUUCAGAAAUCACCGCAGAAUUUGAUAAAUACCUUGCUAAGGCCAAGGAUGAUGCAGAGAAUGCAGCUACAGUUGUCCAACUCCGUGGAGAAUUAGAGAAGACAAGCCAAGAGGCACUGGAAUUGAAAGAGAAGCUUCAGCAGCACGACGAGAAAUUGCGCGAAUACGAAGCCAAAAUGGCUGAUCUUCAAAGAGACUCAUUGAUGGUGAUUGAGGAAAACAAAGCUUUGACAAAGUUCAACAAGCAACUGAAAAUAAAGGUUGACGACAUGGUAUUGGAUCACCAGAAGGAGAUGGAGUCCGAGCGGAAACACUGGACUACCAGAGUUCAAGAACUUGAAGAGAAAAUAUACUUGCAUAAUGCCACCAAGCGUGACGAAGACCAAAAGCUCUACAAUCUUGAGCGCUUGGUCAAGGACUAUGAGCAUCGCAACGAGAUCCAGACUUCUACCAUUGAACGUUACAGGGAUGAUGUUAAGAAUUUAGAGGAAACGGUGACAAGGCUUGAUUCAAAAUUGGAGGUUUUGCAGCAGAAGGAAGCUGAAGCUACUCUUCGUGCAAAACGAGCAUUGCGGGAGCUCGAUGAUUCGAGAGAGAAAGCUUUAUUGUUGGAAAGGGAGCUUCUUGAUUGGCGUACCACCAGUACCGAAUAA